GAUCGUGUGUCCCGUCCAAACCUGCUACUGCUUUAGUUGGGAUCAGGUGAUAGGUUUGAGUGGAGGUUUUUUGAUUGUUUCGGUUGUAAAAUGGCCAAUUCGGUUGGUCAAGUUGGUGUUAUUUUGUUGUUGAUCGUUUCGUUGGUCCUUGCUGGUGAUUUCCACUUUCCCGACAAGGCUCAGCUAGAGUUGAGCGAUGUGUUGAACAAGAAUUGUGGCGAUACGGUCUUCAUGGAUCGUGUUCGGCCUCCGGAGUCACGGCUACAGGAAACCCCCUGGCUGGCACUGUUUUACUACCCGGAAGAUGCGGUCCACUUUUGCCAUGGAACGCUAAUCACGACGAGCCACGUCCUGACGACGGCCGUUUGCGCUAGCAAUAUGGUGCCAAACGAAUCCGAGGUCAGUCUGGGCGAGUACGAUUUGGGAACCGACCAGGAUUGCGAGGAAACAAAGUGUUCCGAUGCAACAGUGCGGAGGCGUGUUCAGCAGGUGUUUUCCCACCAGGGUUACAAUCAGGAUAGCUUCGAGAAUGACAUUGCCAUUGUGCAGCUGGACCAGGAGGUGGCGCUAAGUGAUUCAAUUAAACCAAUCUGUCUCCCGUUGCUCAAGUUCGAUGUGGGCAAGGUCAACCUGCCGUUCGUGUACAACACAUUGUGGACGAGCAAACCGCGGCCCCAGCAGUACUGGAUGCGGUACGUCGAACUGGCAGCUUGCCGGGCCCAGAUCGGACACAAGAUCGACCUGAACGAGGGCCAAAUCUGCGCCGGAAGUUACACCAACCAGAUCAUCGAGAUGGUCGGCGGUGCCGGGUCCGCUCUGGAAGUCGAGUACCACGACCGGUUCUACCAGGUGGCCAUGCUGUCGAUUGGACUGCUGGACGCCGAACCGGGCACUCCGUACGUGUACGUCGACAUCCCGCGGUACAUCAAGUGGAUCCACGACACGGUCAAGAACAGCACCGAGGCUGAGAAUUGAGAAUUUUAACUUUUUUUUUCUUUGACAUUUCAAUAAAGAACUCCGCUGAAAACGGUAAAA